AUGAGACUUACACCGUUGUUAAUACAAGAAGCGCCCUGUUUUCGAAAUCCUGCAGGCGACCACGUUCUAAGCUUGCGAGGCUUGCAAAUAACAUUCAUCGAGAGCUUCAAUGAAUAUGAUGAUGUCAACGAAGCUUUGGACUUGACAAACAAUGAGAUACGCACACUUAGUUUCAACACCCGCUUGAAGAGGCUCAGAACUCUCUUACUUGCUCGCAAUCAAAUUAUCGAUAUAGACGCUAACAUCGCUGCACUGCUGCCUCAUCUCAACACAUUGUCAUUAGUGGAUAAUAACAUUUCAGACUUGACAAAUUUACUUCCUUUGAGGCACUGCCGCAACCUGGAAAACAUAUACCUCACCGGCAAUCCAGUCACAUCCUCAAAAUACUACAGGGAGUUUAUUGUCUGGUUAGUGCCCGGAUUAACUGUGCUCGAUUUCGAACGUGUGAAGCCGCAGUUGAAAAAGUCCGCUGAGGAAUUACUUGGCACAUUUGACCAGCCGACCACGCUAGCAUUAAAGCUCCUAGACAAUAAAGAAUUGGAGCCUCUAAAAGAGCCUAUUUCUACAACAACACAGCAAUCAAUUAGACUCACAGAAGAAGAACGGUCCAAACUGGAGGCCGAUUUAAUGAACGCUACUAGUCUUGAUGAAAUCGAGCGCAUAGAACUAGCUUUGAAACCAGGCUACAUAGAGUAG